ACUUAUUUACUUUGUUUUAAUUUUUAAUAUUAUACGUGUGUACCCAGUUUAGACUAAACUUUAGAAAUUUUGUCGGUAAAUUAAUUAAUUUCGGUUUAAUUUUCUUCAUUACCAUCGCCCGUUAACUCUGUUUCCUGCUGAGUUUUCUCCUCGGUAUCAUCUGGCCCUUUAGGAUAUGCAGCCGCUCUAAGUAUUUGCAAGUCCUCUUUAUUCAAAUCAAUGCACAUUGUUGCAACUACAUCUUCUAAAUUUAUAGUACCAUCAUUACUUAUGUCAACUUCUUUAAUAAGAUUAUCUACCAUGCGUGGCGACAUUUUACUACCCUGUUUCGUCAAAACAUCUCUCAAGUAUUCUCGAUCUAGUAAUCCUGUCUUCUCAGGGUCGUACACUUGUAAUGAAGCUCGGAUUUCUUCUUCAAUAGGAAAGUCUCUUUGUCUUAUUGUCACCAUUUUUAAAAACUGUUCAUAAAAUAUAUGCCCAUCUGCAUUUGGUGGUCUGCAACAGUAGGUUACUAGCUCUUGGAGUUGCUCCGUUGUAUAUGUCAUGAUCAGAAGACUUUUUAACAUGAAAAUCAAUUCUUUUUCUGUAAUAAAUCCAUCCAAUUCAGCAUAUGCUGGAGUGUAAUUUUGAAACAUUUCCCAUAGUUGUUCUACUUCGGCUAAUUGAUCAGGUCGUAGUUCAAAGGGUGCUUUCAAGGCUUCUUUAGAGUCACUGAAAUCAUAUGGAGCAGCCGGAUCAGGAGGUGGUUCCUCGACGUAUUGUUCUUCCUCUUCGACUUUUUCUUCAGGUACAAGGCCUUCUUCACCGGUUUUUUCUAAUUCUUCACCUUCCAUCUGUUCACCUUCCAAACCUUCACCUGCAACCUCUUCUCCUUCCACUUUGUCUAUGUCUUCACCUUUUUCUUUUUCUUCUCCUUCAACAUGUUCACCUUCAACGUGUUCCCCUUCAGUAGCCGCAGUUUCACCUUCAACCUCCUCUCCUUCUACUUGUUCACCCUCCAAAUCUCCUUCUGGCUCUAUAUGUUCUCCAUCAACUUCCUCUGUUAUUGCGGCUUCUCCUUCUGUCUCCCCUUCAACCACUUCACCUACUUCAGCCGUGCCUUCACCUUCUGUUCCUUCGACAACUUCGACUCGGUCACCUUCAUCAGUUACUGUUUCACCAAUUGUGCUUAUUUGGCCUGCUUCUUUUUCGUGGUUUUCACUAACCUCAACCUCUUCACCCGCCCCGGUAUUUUCUGUACUCAUUUCGAUAUCCAUUUUGCUUAAAUUUUUGUUGCACGAGAAUUUGGAAAAGUUUGUUUAGAACUUAAUCUAUUUUACACUAAAAAUUUGUCACCACAUCGAGGUUUACUGAAUUUUGUACGAAGUACAACUAUCAAAUUAUCCGUUAUUUUGUCAUAUAAACUAAGACUUUCUAAAGAUAUAUAAUCUAAAAUGUGUACGAAGUCAUCAAGUAAUUCAUCACGUAUGUUACCUAUAAAAUUAAACAUUUAUGAAAAUAUUUUUGUAUACGUCAAUGGUGCGUCUAUGUGCCUUUGACAUGUGUCUUUGUAUAUUACUUGCUUUGAUUUAAACUUUUAAAUAUUAAACCUACUUACAGUUAAUUAUGGAACCUAUUUCAGGUUACAGUGGAUUGUAGUUUUUAUGCAAUUACUAGCUUUUGCCAGCAGCUUCGCCCACGUUUUGGUGGUAUAAAAAGUCCUUAAACACCUAAGUAAUCGACCGUUGAAGAAAGCCAACUGCUAUAACCACUCAACUGACAUAGUACCGUAUCUAUGUAUAUUUUACUAGAAAACUAUGUAGCUAACAUUGUUGCUCAUUAUUCCUAUAGUAAGUAAAACAAGUGAGUGUAAGAAAAUUAGGGCCAUCUACUGCAUAACAUUCAAACGACUUUUCCGCGCCCAUCUUAACGCAAGUCACGAGACCUAAUGCACUAUGUAAUGCAUUUUCUGACGACUUUCUGCGAUAAAAUGACCAGUGAAGCUUGAUCUGCAUCAUUGCCUUUCACUCCUCAGAACAAGGUAGAUUAGGAGACAGUUCAGCGGUCAAUGAAAGCCUAUAAACUAUCUAGCAAAAUAUGUAUGAGUGCACAAAAUUGUGACCUUCCACGGCCAUCGCUUUCAUAAGGCACAUUACGUGCUUUGAUUCUCCCGGAGAAACGGUUGGUGGGUGAGCGGUUGCAAGCCCGCUUUGAGCGUGAGCAGAAGUUUCGACGCGCGGUAACGUCGCGCAUGCGUACCUCACCAAUGGUUUUGGCGGGAAACAAAUGUGUAUGUUCGAAAAUUGAAAAAUAAUAUUUUUUUUCCUUUUGUGUUAACUAGUGAUUGUUCUUGAAUACAAGUAAAUAAGUUUACUAACAGCAGCAAUCAGAUCGAGCUUACCUACAUCACGUUAAAAAUGAUGUCAUCAAACACAGUUGUCAAGAGCACAUUCGGCGCACUGUUGUUAGUGCAACUAGCAGUGCAAGUGUCAGCGGGAACUAAGUUCGCUUCUCACGUCAGCAUAAAUACACCUGCACGGAGCUUCACGCACGGGGUCGGUGACCCCCUGCCAUUGCUCGCAAAGCGAAAUUACAACCGACAAUCAUCGUUCCGAAGCUUACCGCCUCCGCCACCGCCUCGAGGGUCUGGGUACCCGCGAGUGAAACCGACGAUACCAUUCAGCAACGAAGACCGUUUUCGCGACAACUCAAUAAAUGGAUCACCCUGGCAGUACAACAAUUACAUGGAUGUUGCCAUUCCCGUACUCCCACCAUCACCGUACAAAGUAGACUCGCCCGACCCUGAGUCGCUGUGGCCCGAAGGACUGUUCAUACCACCGUUUAACCCGCCAAGGUUUGCUGCUAGCAAACGCCGCAGUGAGGUAUUAUCAGACGCCGAAUCCUUGGAUCCCUACUUAUUAGAAGGAUCGGAAGCAAUAGCAGCAGUCAAGAGGGCAAGCCGCCAUGGUCUAUAUUACUUCGACGAUAUACCUCAUAUCGAGUCACUCCUUGUCAACCAGGAACUUAGAAUCGAGAACAAUUUGAAACCUCAUAGAUUAGGUAGCAUACGUCAGACGUGGCCUUACAACCGACCUUAGCAUUCCCUCGACGACCAAUAAAACAAUACGUAUAAAAUUGCAAUUAUUAUUAUUAUACUUGUAUACAACAAUAAAAAUACUCAAUAAAAAAGUCAUUAAUAUUAUACACAACUAAAUAUAUUG